GCUGAGUGACGACAGGGAUGUUUUGCUAAAGGUUAGCUACAGUAGGCUAACUUUGUGUUAUAGUUGGCUUCUUAUUCAAAUCUCCCAGAAGUAGCCAGAUACGGCUUGGCUCCAUUUCACAUAAAUGUGAAUUUAUUUUAAAAUAAACCGAGACAUGAAUGGGAGUACGAAUCCGCUGCUGGACAAAGAGGAGCAUGUUUUGAAGCUCGGAGAAAGCUUUGAGAAGAGGCCAAAAUCUUCCUUUCACACUAUCAGAUAUGACUUCAAACCAGCAUCUAUCGACACAAGCUGUGAGGGAGAGUUACAAGUUGGGAAAGGAGAUGAAGUUACCAUAACGUUACCUCACAUCUCGGGCUCCACGCCUCCUAUGACAGUAUUCAAAGGAAACAAGCGGCCAUACCAGAAGGACUGUGUGCUCAUCAUUAACCACGACACUGGGGAAUUUGUACUGGAGAAGCUGAGCAGCAGCAUCCAAGUCAAGAAAACCAGGGCAGAGGGCAGCAGUAAGAUUCAGGCCCGCAUCGAGCAGCAGUCAGUUCGGUCCAGCCAGCCCAGCUCUCAGUUCCGGGCCCCGACCAAGCCCGGGUCCGGGGUCAAGACCUCCCCAUCUCCUUCUAAGGAUAAUCCCUCCCCAGAGCCUCAGCUGGAUGACAUCAAGAGAGAGCUGCGAGCGGAGGUGGAGGUGAUAGAGCAGAUGAGCAGCAGCGGCAGCAGCUCCUCUGACUCAGCCAGCGCCUCUGGGAGCGGUGACGACAGUAGCAGCAGUGACGGUGAGCACGACGCCCCCCGACCGCUCAGCCAAACCUCCCCCAACCGCCACACUAUGGCCAACGGAGGAGCCGACCGGCAGCAGGGCAACAACCAGCUCAUGAACACACUCCGAAAUGACCUUCAGCUCAGCGAGUCGGGCAGCGACAGCGAUGACGACUGAACUCUGCUGGUCAGUUUCUCUCUCUCUCUCUCUCUCUCUCUCCCUCUCUCCUCCUUUCUGCCUGGUUCCCGUGUUCCUUUGCUGUGAUAGCUGACCCCAGCUAUAUAUCUUGGUUUGACUGUAUUUUUUAUUUUAUUUUAGUAUAUCCUUAAAGCUGGCCUGCCUGGAACUUACUACACUAAGAGUGUAUUUUUAUUAGAUGUAUAUUUUGUUUUGUAUAGCAAAACUUUAGAAAAAGAAACUUUUACUUGAGAGGUUUGGAAGAUUAUAUAUUAGAGUGCACAUACAUAUUUUCUGUACUUAGAGCAGCUAGUUUUAUCUACUUGUAUCAUCUGUUUUUGUUAGGUUUUGUCUGUAUGGUAAGACAAGGAAGAGAUUGUGUUGAAAUAUCUCUCACCUUGUCUCAUCAUUUAUCCGAGAAGGUUGUGUGAAGCCUUUCCACAUCAGUGUCGUGUUUUUAUCGGUUCGCUUAGAAUACAAAAAUAUCAGAAUUGCACAGAUACUCUGCGCAGCCUGCGCAUGAGUAACAAAUCAAAGAAAAAAAUGCAUCCAUUUUGUCAUCUGCUUAUCUAGUGUGUUGAGAUAAGUGUGGAGCACAAAACAGUCGGCUGUACUCUGUGCCUUCCUAAUCUCAACUUUGCUUUCUUAGUCAUAGUUUUAAACAGUUUGCUGAUUACGUUAGAAAUGAAUCUCAGCCUUAUUGUCUCGUGGGAUUUGUUGACAAUAAGAAAAAUAUAGAAUUUUCUUCUUUAAACAGGUAUCUAGUUACAGAGGAAUUUACCUAAAUUAAAUUUCAGGUUGCUGUAAUGAUUUCACUUCAAGUUCAAGAUAGUUGUUUAGUGACAUAGGCUUAUAGGAAAUUUGAUGUAGAUUUCUGGCAUCACACAGCACAAUAUCUACAAUUUUGAGCCAAGUUGCAGAUGUUUACGCUGCAUUUAGUGAUUUAUUUACCACUAGGAGGCAGAAAAGACUCAAAAACAAACUCACAGAAACACAAACCUGAUAUAUGUAUCAGCUAAUCAUGUUCCUAAUGUGUUAGCAAACAGGUGAAUGUAAGUCUAGUAUUCACUCUCCCUUAAGCUCUGGUUUGGUCUCCACCAACUCCUGAGAAAAAUAUCUUGUCUACAGCUGCUGUUGAGAGCCUCACAAACUCAAACAUACAGUCUGCGUGUAGCUGGAGAGUCUAAAACAAUAAGCUAAAGAGGCCAAAAAGCCCAGUUCAGCUGCAGAGUUGGCUGUUAUUGGCAAUGUUACCAAAUAAAACCUUAGGCAUUGGAGUGUACUCUACAUGCCCUGCAUCAAACAGAGAGGAGUUAGUAAGUUGAUCAUUUGCUUCUACAAAUUUUCUCAACUGUGUGUUGGUAUCUCCGUCAUCACUUCCUUCCCUCUCAUCCUUUUCCAAUGUCACAAAAAUCCCACCGACUCACAGUAUAACCAGUUACAGUAUCAAAGAAGGUUUUAGAGAAUUACUGAUGAUAUUAAAACCUCCACAGUCAUUAAUCAGUUGACGUUAAUAAAUUAAGUUAAUCAAAGUUAAAAGUAGAGUCUAGAUUUGAGGCAUGGGUGUCAAUAAUGGCAAUUACAAAAUUUCACAUACCCAUUAAAAAAAAAACACCUGAAAUCCAAAUUAUACAGGAAAAGGGAGAAAUCCUCCAAAGAGUUUCCUAUUAUUUUUUUCUAAAUGGCCACUAUUUGUUUCAAGUUUGUUGUAUCAGUCGUGUCAUUGUAUUCAAACAGGAAAUAUCUUAUUUUUGAUCCCAAAUUUUCAUAAAAUAAUUAUACUAUAGUACUAUUCCAUGCCUUACAGCCUUUCAGUUUGGAAAUAAAGGUGAAUUUGUCAUUUUCCUGAAAAUACCAAAGAGCUGAACUGCCCCUCAUGUGCAGAGUGCAGAAUGUUCACAGUGUAACAGUGUCAUGUCAGUGUGUAAAUGUCUUCAUUUUGCAUUUAUCCGAGACUGUUUGUUUUUGUGCAUGUGAGCAGUGAAGUCAGUGAUGGUUCCCCUUAUCUGCAGGAGCCACUGGUGUUAGUGAGGAUGAUUUGGUGUUGUUGUUUGGUUGUUCAGUAAAUCAUUAUUAAUGCAACACAACAACCCACAGUCAGAAACACAACUGAAGAGUUUCAUUGCAAAAUGCCAAGACUUGAUUUCAGUUAAGAGUUUUUUUAAAUGGAGCGUUUGUUUUUCCAUCCUGACAAAUGUAAAAUUCAAGGGUGAAACACUAAAUCAUGCUAAUUUUCGGGGAUUGGUCCAAAGUUUUGGGAAUUACAAUUUAAAAGGGUUGUUUCCUCCUUAUUAAUUAGACAACUAAUCUGUUGUUAGAGUCCAGAAGAAAUCUUUAAUACAUUUUUUUGAGAAAGGAGGAGGAGCUAUCCCCACUGGUGUUUUCACUUAUUUUACCUACUGUAAUCAGACCUCUUCUCAACGCUUUGUACUUCAGAGUGUACAGAAUGUAAGGCUGCAACUAACAAUUAUUUUCAUUAUCGACUAAUCUGCUGAUAAUUUUCUUAAUUAAUCGAUUCAUUUUGUCUAGAAAAUGUCAGAAAAUAGUAAAACAAAACACCCUUCACAAGUUCCCAGAGCCCAAGUUGACAUAUUUAGUUAACUAUCAUUGAAAGCCAGAAAAUAUUUACAUUUGAGAGGCAGCAACCAGUGAAAAUUUGUCAUUUUUAAUUCAAUAAUAACUUAAACAAUUGAUUAUCAAAAUUGUACUUGAUUGACAUCUGCCUUACUCUCCUGUUGCACCUAUUAAGGUGGGACAAACUUCAACAAUUGGUACAUUGUAAUACAUGUAAUUCCCAGCAUAGCUCCAUCCAACUCCAACCCGAACAGUGGACUAAUCAGCCACACUGAGUGAAAACACCUGUGUGUUUGAAAAUAGCCCCACAGUUUCUAACAUACAGUACAAAAUAUCUGUCAUUGGCUGCUUAAAUCCAGAAAUAUCUAACAACCUGCAUCAAUCAUUGUACAUCCGCUUCUAUAAAUGUUUUCUGGUAAAAAUGUAUGUAUGAAAAAUCAUAGUGUUUUCUGCCAUCCAAGACAUUUUUUCAUUACAUAGUCAAAGUUUAGAGAAUGUCAUCUACAUUUUUAAACAUAUACUAAGGAACAUUGUAUAUUUUUAAACCCAAAAGCUUAUGUAGCAUUUUGAAAUGAAACCCUUCAAUCACAUGUCAUAUUCAGAUUGGGGAACAUUGUCAUAUUGAUAAAAUGAUCUGCUGUCAUAAAAGAUGUAAAUGUUGUUGUUUGUAUUUUAUAUUAUAGCUGCGUUUCUCAAAAGCGUCUUUAGACAAGUUACUGACCUACCACGCAGUUCUCGAAACCAGAACAGUUUUAAGUAUCCUCCUCCUUUUUACAAAGCACCAGUUUAGUGUGGAAAUGAACCAUCUGCUAGAUGGUUGGCUGUGGACGAUUAGUUUGUCAACCCUACACGGCCCAUCAGUUGUUGCGCUACUCAGCUUCUGUUGUCGAAUGGAGUUUGAUGUAUUUGGUGCUUGUUUUAGUGCUACUUUUAUGUGAAAUAUGUUUGUACAAAUUUGAAGUGUAUUAAAAGUGUGCAAAUUCAUUGUUA